AUUUUUUCUAGGAGUAGUCACCUGGUAUAUGUCUUUGGACCAUGUGUAGCUCUAAAUAUAUUGUUAAACUAACUUCUAAUGAGCUAUUCAUAUUAAUAUAUCUGAGAGCACAAUGCUUGAUUUGGUUUUACAAAAAGAAGGUGGUGCCUGAUGAGGUAGUAACUAUGACAUGAGCACUGAGCAUGGCGAACCACGGUCCUGUAGAAUGAAAAAUAUUGCCAGAAGAAUGUUCACUGGACAAAGGGAAAGGGAUGUGCCUGUAGGGAUGGAUAGCAAGACUAUGCUUUGGGAUCUUCUUGGACCCAUCUUGGCGAGGGAUUUUCAAAAAAAAUCAAGUUGCGUAUAUGGAUUUUAUCCUUAUGUAUAUGCAUUCCAUUCAUUUACAGUCAUGUCCAUGGUCGUUCCAGAAUUCGCUUUUUCUUGAGCUAUCCUCUGUAUAGGAUUUCUGGUUAUUUCGAUUUUUUUAAUCCAAUGUCAGAUACUCUUAUCAAGUUGUGAUGUUGACUGGGGGUGAAGAGCAAUCAUAGGAUCAAUCAUUGAAUGAAUCUAUUUUACUCUUGAGAAAAGUUGUCGGUUUUUGCCACGUGGUCCAGUGGCCGAGAGUCUUUGUUCUACAACAAUUGGAAGGAACUAUUGCGUUGUUUCUUUGUCCAGCUUUUCUUUGGCUGAGGCUCAAAGUAAGCAUCUCAUGGACCUGUUCCAAUUCUCCAUCGUUCUCUCAGAUUUUAUCACAACAAUAUGUUUGAACUUUGAGGGGCACAAAAUAUAUCUUGUUCUAUCUUCUCUGCUUUGUCCGAUAACAAUACGACCUUCCACUAUUCGCCACAUAUUUGUUUCCUGACAGAAUAGCUUUUCACUUAAAGGUCACAGUAUUCUACUGUUAUUUACACGCAAAUCAGAUAACCAUUAGCUGAACAAGACACUGAUGUAAGUUAAUCAUAUUUUCGUAUUAUUAGUCGAAUCAGAUUUUUUUUGUUUCAGUUGGCUUGCCCUGCAGGUAUUAAUUGAACUCCAGUUUGAUGUUGAUAGAUACUAAAUGUGAACACUGGUUGCUUUUGUUGUAUGAGUUUGGUACCUAUGGAGAGUUAGAAAAUGCUACCAUCUAGACUUGUCUCAGGUUGUGUGUUAGGCUACUUGGUUGGUAGUAAAUGGAAGUUUAGAGUGUUCUGUCUGUUUUUAUUUUUAUUUUUAUUUUGGAGAAACACAAUACAAACGCAGACGCUCGCACAUGUUGAUACACUCACCCCUAUGCACACCCCUAUGCACGUACACACGCACACCCUGCCCCUCUGAGCACUUCCGAAAGUCUGAGCCAGCGGAUCGGGUCUUGAGAUUGACGAAAUCACCACAGGCGUCUCACUACCGAUGGGAACGUCGUCUCCUACUCAAAGAAUAUACUGCCUUUAUGAGACACACAAGUGUCAAACCCUAGGUUUGAACUCUUGUGGGUUGAGGGUACAACCACCCUCCUAGCCACCCAACCUCAGGUUGGUUUUGAGUGUUCUGUCCGUUGUUACAUGUGCGGUUUAAUCAAUUGUAGGAACACCAGCUGAAUUGAAUUAAACUAUCCCAUGUGUGAUUAAUUUCCUUCUGAACCGAUACUUCUUUUAUCAUCUCAUAGUGGGAAAGAACUAAUUGCACUCGGUACUUCUCCGAUUGUUGGAAUGUGUGUUGGUAUGUCUACUUCUGACUUCUUGGCAAUAGAACAUUAGAUAUUUUAGCAUUUGAGCUGCAAGAUCGUUUGAAAUCCACAUUGUAAUCAAAUGUAUUUACUGCAUUUGGAGGGUCACUAAAACAGGUACCAAGGCUUUAGGUCUGGAUAUGCCAUGUCACUGUACAACAGACGGUGCUUCCAGCUAACAUUUUGUGAUCUGCUUGGAUGAUGAUGUUUGCUGGGAAGAUAGUCCUUAUGCCAUGAAACAGGGAAUCCGCAUAUAUUCAAGUCACUCUCCAAAAUAUGGAUAGCUUUUGCAUACCGUGGCAAUCAAAUCACCUACGCACGCAAGAUACUAAACAUUGCUAUCCAGACUCCAGAGCUCCCACAAGUUAUAUAGGUGCAUUGCGAAGCUUGCUCUAAUCUGUACCAACUUCACUUUGCCACUUAUUCAUCCGUCCAUCCAUAUAAAUGGAUUAUUCUAAUUUGCGACGACAAGCUGCAUCUAUGAAAAAGGGCCUCUUUGAUCAGGGUCACCUUGAUGAGCAAUUUCGUCAGGUGGAGGACUUGCAGGAUGAAGCUAGUCCUAAUUUUGUGGAAGAAGUUGCUGUGUUGUUUUUCAAAGAUUCAGGCAGGCUAAUAUCAAACCUUGAGCAAGCUUUGGAGAAGUACCCCAGAGAUUUCAAUAGGUGGGAUGCAUACAUGCAGCAACUGAAAGGCAGCUGUUCCAGCAUUGGUGCUUCUAGGAUGAAGAGUGAAUGCAUGUCAUUCAAAGAUAACUGUGGGAAAGGAAAUGUUGAAGGUUGCAUGGGGUGUCUCCAGAAAUUGAAGAGGGAGCAUGCGAUCCUGAGGCAGAAACUAGAAUCCUAUUUCCAGCUGCUGCGGCAAGCUGGUCCUACUGGAGCGGCCACCCAUUAGACCUGUCAUGUAAGUACUGGAGGUGCACUAAUUAUGGAGAAAGUACUCCGGAAAUAGGACCCCAACCCUAUAAAAUGCUGGUCCUGCUGGGAGCGUAACUUGGCCAGCAUACAACAGUUGCAGUCUGACGGUACACACUGCGCUUCUACAACAAAUCAACAAUACAUAUGAUGUUCCGCCCUCUGAUAUUCUACUCAUUUAUAAGUAUAUUUAUAGUAAAAAAAUAAAUAAGAAGAGAGGCCUGCUGUGCUGUGGUAAGUACAUGCGUGCAUGAAACAUGGAAUCCAUUUUUCUUGUUUUUCUAAUAAAGGCACAGUUUAUCGAGCACUUGCUCUCUGCAGACCUUCUUUCAUGUCACAUUUAUGUUGUGGCUGUGCCGUGUUUCUUAUUUGUUAAUCAGAAAUAAUGUGUCGG